CUCGUGAUCGACAAAUCCUUCAAGAUGGUACGUAAAUCGACGUCGCUGCUGUUUGAUACGCUCUCGGAAAUGCUGUUGCGGUCGUUCGGACGGUGGUAAUGUGGUGGAUCGGGUGUUGGGAGUGAUGGAUGGGUGGAUGGGGUUUGGGAGGUACGACGGUGGGAAGGGGCAUCGCGCCGGACUUGGGGGGAAUCGGGCGUGAAAAUGGGGUGGAAUGAGAUGCUGGGAUGGCGAUAUGGAUGAGGGAAGCGUCUCGGAGAGUGCGAUCAUCGAAACUGAGGAGUUUGUUAAGGCAUACGAACUCCGCAACAAGACCAAGGCUGAGCUCACCAAGCAGCUCGAGGAGGCCAAGCAGGAGCUCGCUUCCCUCCGCGUUCAGAAGAUCGCUGGUGCCGCCGCCUCCAAGCUCACCAAGAUCACCGCUGUUCGCAAGGACAUUGCUCGCAUCAACACCGUCAUUACCCAGACCCAGCGCGAGCAGUUGAAGAUCUUCUACUCUACCAAGAAGUACGCUCCUCUUGACUUGAGGGCCAAGAAGACUAGGGCUUUGAGGAGGGCUUUGAACAAGCACGAGUCCAGGUUGACUACUGAGAAGGCGCAGAAGAAGUUGAUUCACUUCCCUCAGCGCAAGUUCGCCCUCAAGGCUUAAGUGCGGUCUGUUGUUGUUUUGAGUCACCCUUCAAUAAAUUCGGUC